UCUGUAGAAAAUGUCUCAGAUCUUUGAGUUCAGCUCCUGCAAAAUGGGAGCAAAACUGGAAGUGUUUAUAUCUGUGUUCAGUGUAGUAUAUAUUUAUACUUUAUUUAAUUCAUACAGUAAUUAUAAAAAUGUAAAAGUUGCUUUCAAUUAUUGUAGAAAGGGGGCACACCUCAGUUACUACCCUAUAACGGCUGCGGGGGGUUCUUCUCGGCCGCAGCAGAUGCAGAACGGUGCCCCCUCUCUGAUUCCGGGCACAGGCCUGGGUGUGAUACAGCUGCCAUUGAGUGGGCACCAGGUCUGGUCACUGCUAUAGAUAGGGCACUGUGUGGCAGACACAGCUGUGAGACCUGGUCCAGACCCCCAUCUGACUCACUACAGCACCCAUCAUCUUUUCUAUUCCCAGAGGGAGCCCGAAAGAUUGCGCUGCAUGAGUCAAGUCCACUGAAGAUAUGACUGUUGUCAAGUGUCUGGCACGUUCCUGCAGCGCCCCCGAUCUCAUUCCUUAACCCUUACUCACUGCUGGCCGGCUCCCCUCCCCCACUGCUCCACUCUCCUGAUCUUACCGGGUCAUGAAUCCUGCCCUGGAUCACCGGCAACAGCUUAAAGAGCAAUUGCCCCAAAUUAAAACUGGGUGGCAGCCAAUAUGACAACCGUGAAACCAGAGGAAAAACCACUGUGGUCCACCAGAAGAUCGGGUGCCACUUCCACCGGGAAGAUCGGGUGCCGCUUCCACCGGGAAGAUCGGGUGCCGCUUCCACCGGGAAGAUCGGGUGCCGCUUCCACCGGGAAGAUCGGGUGCCGCUUCCACCGGGAAGAUCGGGUGAUACUUUUAUCGGGUGCCGCUUCCAUCGGGAAGAUCGGGUGCCCCUUCCACCGGGAAGAUCUGGUGAUACUUUUAUCGGGUGCCGCUUCCAUCGGGAAGAUCGGGUGCCGCUUCCACCGGGAAGAUCUGGUGAUACUUUUAUCGGGUACCGCUUCCAUCGGGAAGAUCGGGUGCCGCUUCCACCGGGAAGAUCUGGUGAUACUUUUAUCGGGUGCCGCUUCCACCGGGAAGAUUGGGUGCCGCUUCCACCGGGAAGAUCGGGUGAUACUUUUAUCGGGUGCCGCUUCCAUCGGGAAGAUCGGGUGCCCCUUCCACCGGGAAGAUCUGGUGAUACUUUUAUCGGGUGCCGCUUCCAUCGGGAAGAUCGGGUGCCGCUUCCACCGGGAAGAUCUGGUGAUACUUUUAUCGGGUGCCGCUUCCAUCGGGAAGAUCGGGUGCCGCUUCCACCGGGAAGAUCGGGUGAUACUUUUAUCGGGUGCCGCUUCCAUCGGGAAGAUCGGGUGCCGCUUCCACCGGGAAGAUCUGGUGAUACUUUAUUCCGGUGCCGCUUCCAUCGGAAAGAUCGGGUGCCGCUUCCAUUGGGAAGAUCGGGUGCCGCUUCCACCGGGAAGAUCUGGUGAUACUUUUAUCGGGUGCCGCUUCCAUCGGGAAGAUCGGGUUCCGCUUCCAUCGGGAAGAUCGGGUGCCGCUUCCAUCGGGAAGAUCGGGUGCCGCUUCCACCGGGAAGAUCGGGUGAUACUUUUAUCGGGUGCCGCUUCCAUCGGGAAGAUCGGGUGCCGAUUCCACCGGGAAGAUCGGGUGCCACUUCCACCGGGAAGAUCGGGUGCCGCUUCCACCGGGAAGAUCGGGUGCCGCUUCCACCGGGAAGAUCGGGUGCCGCUUCCACCGGGAAGAUCGGGUGCCGCUUCCACCGGGAAGAUCGGGUGA